AUGUCGAGCCACACGCCUGUCCCUCACCUGCCAGCCCCUCUGUCGGAAGAUGAUCAAACAGCCUUCAAGUCAUCGGCACCCAUGGAACAGCACCUCUACAGCACUCACGGCAGCCAAGCUGCUGCCGCCUCUCAAAACAGACAAGAUGCAGCAACGCCCAUCCACGGUGACCUGUGCGAGAUCAAGAUAUUGUACGAGGGCCCACCCAAGUGCGACUGCUGCAUCAACUGGGUGGAGGAGUAUCCUGACGACCUCAAGGGCUCUGGUGGGGAAAAGGCCGACCGCAAGGCCGUGUCCAUCGUGGCGCGCAUGAAAAAGAGCCACAAGGAAGGCCAAGUGCUGACUCUCGAUUCAAUUGUCGUGCAGAACGAGCCGCUGAGAAGACUGCUGGGCGAGGUCUUUGAGGGCUACAAUGGCAUCACCACGGCGUUGAAGGAGCUCGUCUUCAGCGCCCCCUUCCACCCCUUUUACUUCAGAUGGCGCCAAUUCAGUCAGGCUUUACAGCGCGAACAAGCGGCUCAGUCCGAGGUUUUGCCGCAUGCCAAGCUCUUGUUUGGCUUGGUGGAAAAGGAGCUAGAAGGUACCCGGGCGACCGUCGAGGACUUGGUGCGGAACAAGGUGAUCACCUUUGAUUUGCUCUGGGCUCUCUUCGAGCCGGGCAGCACGGUCGUUUCCGAGAUGGAGACCCAAGACCGGUUUUUCCAUGUCUAUCGAGGUGUCUACAGCAGCAAGGACGGCGAGCUACGGUUUGUAAUCCAUGCUAGGUUCGUUGACUGGGACGGCGUGGAGUUCGGGUUCCGCCGACAGGAGCUCCAGCUGCGCCCAUUUAGCGGCACCCAUGCCAUCACCCAGCUGGGCUUUUACCCUUGCUCUUUCCACCCGAGAUUGGAGGAGGCUCGGACACGGGCCAUACAGAGGGGACUGCGGUUCUACCAUCUCGCGGGCCUGCAUUAUCGGAGCUAUGAUGGUCCAGUUAUAGAUGAAAGACGGGAACGAACUAUCCAGGGGCGCGUCAUUAUUGAUGCAGCUACGUUUUUUCAAACUCACCUUGACCGAGACGUUGAGCUGGGCUCACUGGCCGACCUUGCAACUUUGGCCAUUGAUGUCCAAGAUGUUGAUACACACAAGGGUUAUGCCUGCUAUCCAGUGCCGAACAGUUUCCCUAAUCGAGGCCGCGAUCGGGGUCCCCCUUCAGCACCUCCGCUCAGAGCAGAUAUCAAGCCGCUUGUCUGGGAGGCUGAGGACGAGCUCAGCGACGAAGACUUGGAGGAUGGUAAGUGGUUCCCGUCGAUAUUGUUGAUUGUAGGUACGCUAACAGAGUGGAAAAAAAAAAAAAAAGAACCAGUAUCGCUCACCGAGUACCAGCUGAUGCUGUGCAACACCAGGCUCCACGUCUUCUCCCUGACCCUGAAGCGCUGGGUCGUAACUUUGGAUAUCGACGCGGUCCAGCCCAUCGCGUGGAACGACUCGGCCUUUCCGAACCUGAUCCUCCCCGGCAGCCACAAGGAUCUCGUGCUCUCGUUUGUCGAGAGCCACGCGUCCAAAAGGGUCGAAUUCGACGAUGUUAUCGAGGGCAAGGGGCUAGGCCUCAUCAUGCUCCUCGCCGGAUCGCCCGGCACGGGUAAAACCCUGACGGCCGAGGCCGUCGCCGACAAGCUGCGCAGGCCGCUUUACGUUCUCGGCGCCGGCGAGCUGGGUGACAGUGGACACCAUGUGGAAAAGAAGCUCAAGAGUAUUCUGGAACUGAUCGAGAAGUGGAACGCGGUCCUGCUGCUGGACGAAUGUGAUGUGUUUUUACAAGCCAGAACGACCCAGGCAGUUUCUCAUAACAACGUAGUCGCGGUGUUUUUGAGGUGA